AUGGCUCCCACACUUAUUCUUCAAUCUCUCUCUUCUUCGACGAAUUUGCAAGCCGCAUUCCCCAGAACACAUAGCUUCGGUGUACAGAACAGUCGCCGAACAAGCAAUUUCGCAACCAAGUGUUCAUCGAAUCCAGAGCCAAAAGAUCAGUUUCUCGACCUCACACCUGCACCUGAAUCGAUCAACACGACGAGCGCCGAGAAAUUCCCCAUCGAGAAACGGAGAAGAUCGGAGAUCGUGCGCGACAGAAAACAGAGAGGGAUCGUGAAGCCCGAGCCUCCGAAUUUCGAGAUCGGUUGGAAGAGAACGAAAGAGAUAAACUUGGAGAAACCCAAAGGGUAUGUGAUAAUGGACUUCUUAGAGAAAUUCGAAAGCUUGAUGGCGAGAGAGUUUGGGUCUAAGGAGCUUUUAGCUAAAGCUGGAGAGAUCGUUGCGGAGAGAGCGAGAGAAGAAGCUGAGGUUUUGAGAGAUGAAGGGAAAGUUGAAGAGAGAAUGGUGACUGAGCUUUUCAGGGUUUUGAGAUUGAUGGAGAUGGAUUUGGCUAUGGUUAAAGCUUCUGUGAAAGAAGAGACUCUUAGCGAGAGGAUUGAACAAGCUAGAGCAAGAUGUAGACAAGCUAUUCUUGUUGCUAAUUCUUUCUGA